GUGAGAUUUGCCAGACAAAUGACAUCUGUUAAUACCACAUUGGUCAAGCACAAGAUAGUCGAUAAUCGAGCAACGCCAUCCGGUACCAAAUUUCAAACUUCGACUUCAAAAUUCCGACAUUGGGGUAGAAAAUUGCCAUUUGUUAGAUAUGGUCUUCCUAUGAUCUCAGUCACUGUUUUUGGAGCUCUUGGACUUGGCCAUCUACUAGAGGGAAGUAAGGAGAUAGGUAAAGUGAAGGAUGACCAAGAAUGGGAGAUUAUCGAGACAAGAAAUGCCCUAUCGAGAACGGGACCUGUUGAUGCCUAUAAACCUAAAACAAUUUCACUGCAGGAAGAGCUUAAGGCUUUACAAGAAAAAUAUGGCAUAGGAAAUUAUGAAUUCAAGAAAAUUCCGAGGCCCAAAGAAAGCGUAUGA